GCGGGAGGGGGAGCCCCAGAGAACCUGGGAAGGCUGGCUAGACCGGCCCCUCCUCCCUUCCCUCUGGGAGCCCCACCUCCACCUCCAGCCUCUCCAAACACUGGAUCUGAGCAGUGGACACACCAGCCCGGCAGCUGUGAGCUGUCAUGGACCCUGAAGGCCUGGCGCUCCUGCUGCCUCCUACCACUCUGGCUACCCUGGUGGACGGCUGGCUCCGAGAGGACUGCCCAAGCUUCAACCACGUUGCCUUGGUCACAGGGGCAGCCCCCUUGCAGGCGGCGCUGUGGGCCAAGUCCCCCGGCGUACUGGCUGGGAGGCCUUUCUUUGAUGCCAUCUUUGCCCAUGUCAACUGCCAGGUCACGUGGUUCCUCCCCGAGGGAUCAAAGCUGGUACCUGUGACCAAGGUGGCAGAGGUCCGGGGCCCUGCCAACUGCCUGCUGCUGGGCGAGCGGGUGGCCCUGAACAUGCUGGCCCGCUGCAGUGGAGUUGCCAGUGCUGCCGCUGCUGCUGUGGAGGCCGCCAGGGGGACCGGCUGGGCUGGGCAUGUGGCGGGCACGAGGAAGACUACACCAGGCUUCCGGCUGGUGGAGAAGUAUGGGCUCCUAGUGGGCGGGGCCGCCUCCCACCGCUACGACCUGGGAGGGCUGGUGAUGGUGAAGGACAACCACGUCAUGGCGGCUGGAGGUGUGGAAAAGGCGGUGCGAGGGGCCCGGCAGGCGGCCGACUUCACCCUGAAGGUGGAGGUGGAGUGCAGCAGCCUGCAGGAGGCUGUGGAGGCGGCCGAGGCGGGCGCAGACCUCGUCUUGCUGGACAACUUCAGGCCUGAGGAGCUGCACGCCACGGCCGCGGCGCUGAAGGCCCAGUUCCCGGGCGUGGGCGUGGAGGCCAGCGGGGGCAUCACGCUGGACAACCUCCCUCAGUUCUGUGGGCCCCACAUCGAUGUCAUCUCUCUGGGGAUGCUCACCCAGGCUGCCCCGGCCCUCGAUUUCUCCCUCAAGCUGUUCGCUGAAGGGGCCACUCCAGUGCCCCACGUCCGCCGGUCCUAAAGCCAAAGAGGAUGACCCUGGUGGUGGGAUAACGUAGUUCCUUGGGACCCUCAAGGCUACACACAGCCAACAGGACACUCUUGGCAUUAGCCUGGGCGAAAGUCCAGGCUCUGCUGCUUACUGCUUGUGUGACCUUGAAGGGCUGACUUCACCUCUGCUCACAGUUUCCUAAUCUGUAAAAUGACCUAAUAAAUGAUCAACCUAAUGGAUUUCUUUGGGUGAUAAUUAACACAUAGUAAGUGCUCAGUAAAUGUUAGAAAUUACCAU